CCCGCGGCGGGCGCGGGUGGGGCCGCACGGAGCCGGAGCCGCAGCCGGAGCUGCCCGGCCCGGGUCCUGCGCUGGGCCCCUUCUGAUGAGAGGAUGGUUCUGCUCAGGCAGUUCAGGUUGCUGCUCUGGAAGAACUACAUCCUGCAGGUGGAGUAUGAGCUGCGCUUCAAGUACAGCCCCAGGAACGCCCCGCGGAGCGAGCAGACGGGGCUGAACCCCAACCUGGACCGGGACUGGCACACCAGUUACCUCUUCCCGCUCUUCCAGCUGCCCGGGCCCCGCGAGGCCAAGUUUGCUGAUGGGGGCACGCCAGGUUAUCUCCGGGAGGGGUUCCUGGCGGUGCAGCACGCGGUGGACAGGGCCAUCAUGCAGUACCACGGCGGUGCCAGCUCUGCCAGCCUGCUGGAGAACAUCACCGUGGUGGUGCAGCGCUUCCCCUUCCCAGCCUACGUCAACGACCUCUUCCUCCUGGCCAUCCAGAACCAGCUGCCCCUGCUGCUCAUGCUCAGCUUCACCUACACCUCGCUCAACAUCGUCCGCGCCGUCGUCCACGAGAAGGAGAAGAAGCUGAAGGAGUACAUGCACAUGAUGGGCCUCAGCAACUGGUUGCACUGGAGUGCCUGGUUCCUCAUGUUCUUCCUCUUCCUCCUGGUGUCCGUGUUCUUCGUCACCGUGCUCUUCUGUGUCAAGGUGAGUGAACAGGGAGCAGUGCUCACCAACAGUGACCCCACCCUGGUGUUCACCUUCCUCGCCGUCUUCUCCAUCUCCUCCAUCUCCUUCAACUUCAUGGUGAGCACCUUCUUCUCACGAGCAAACGUUGCAGCUGCUGCUGGUGGCUUCCUCUACUUCUUCUCCUACAUCCCCUACUUCUUCAUCUCGCCUCGUUACGACCUGAUGUCCCACAGCCAGAAGCUGGCGUCCUGCCUCAUCUCCAACGUGGCCAUGGCCAUGGGGGCGCAGCUCAUCGGCAUGUUUGAAGGGAAAGGGACUGGCAUCCAGUGGAGGGACCUCAUGAAGCCUGUUAGCGUGGAUGACAACUUCACCUUGGCCCAGGUGCUGGGGAUGCUGCUCCUGGACUCGGUGCUGUAUGGUGUGGUGGCCUGGUACGUGGAGGCUGUGUUCCCUGGGGAGUACGGUGUGCCACAGCCCUGGUACUUCUUCCUCACGCCCUCGUACUGGUGUGGGCGGCCCAGGACUGUUGUGGGGAAAGAGAAAGAGGAGGAGGAGGACCCUGAGAAAGCCCUGAAGAGUCAGUACAUUGAGGAGGAACCAGCUGACCUCGUGUCAGGCAUCAAAAUAAAGCACCUGUCCAAGGUCUUCAAAGUGGGAAACAAGACAAAAGAGGCAGUGAAGGACUUGACAGUGAACAUGUACGAGGGGCAGAUCACUGUCCUGUUGGGACACAACGGUGCUGGGAAGACCACCACUCUGUCCAUGCUCACAGGUCUGCACUCCCCAACGGGCGGGCAGGCCUACAUCAACGGCUACGAGAUCUCCCAGGACAUGGUGCUGAUCCGCCGCAGCCUGGGGCUGUGCCCCCAGCACGACGUCCUCUUCGACAACAUGACAGUGGAAGAGCACCUCCACUUCUAUGCAGGGCUGAAGGGAUACCCAGCCUCCAAGUGUCCUGAGGAGAUCACCCACAUCCUGAGGAUCCUGGGCCUGGAGGACAAGCGCCGCUCGCUGAGCAAGGCUCUGUCCGGGGGCAUGAAGCGCAAGCUGUCCAUCGGCAUCGCCCUCAUCGGGGACUCCAAGGUGGUGAUGCUGGAUGAGCCGACCUCGGGGAUGGACCCAGCCUCCCGCAGAGCCACGUGGGAUCUCCUGCAGCAGCAGAGGAGCAACAGGACCAUCCUGCUGACCACUCACUUCAUGGACGAAGCAGACCUGCUGGGGGACCGCAUAGCCAUCAUGGCCAAGGGCGAGCUGCAGUGCUGCGGCUCCUCGCUCUUCCUCAAGCGCAAAUACGGGGCUGGAUAUCAUAUGGUGAUGGUGAAGGAGCCCUACUGCAACCUGGGCGAGAUCUCCCGCCUCAUCUGCCAGUACGUGCCCAACGCCACCAUGGAGAGCAACGCCGGGGCAGAGCUGUCCUUCAUCCUGCCCAAGGAGAGCACCCACAGGUUUGAGGCCCUGUUCACGGAGCUGGAGCAGAGGCGGGAGGAGCUGGGCAUCGCCAGCUACGGCGCCUCGGUCACCACCAUGGAGGAGGUGUUCCUCAGGGUUGGGAAGCUCGUGGACUCCAGCAUGGAUAUCCAGGCCAUCCAGCUGCCUGCUCUGCAGUACCAGCACGAGAGGCGCUCCAACGACUGGGCCAUGGAUGACUCCAGCAGCCUGAGUGGCAUGACGGACAUGACGGACGACAGCGGGGCGCUCAUUACUGAGGACUGCUCCAGCAUCAAGCUCAACACCGGGUUCUACCUGUGCUGCCAGCAGUUCUACGCCAUGUUCAUGAAGCGGGCCAUGUACAGCUGGCGCAACUGGAAGAUGGUGGCGGCGCAGUUCCUCGUGCCUCUGAUCUUCACUGCCUUUGCCCUCAUCGUGGCCAAGAAGGGUGCUGGCGGGCCCCAACGCCUCCAUCACCGUCACCAACUACCCCCAGCCCCGCAACAUCACCGAGAAGGCCAAGGACCAGCUCAUGGAAGGCCAGACUGGCUUUGCCAUUGCUAUCAACCUGCUGUAUGGGAUGGCCUCUCUCGCCAGCACCUUCGCGCUGCUGCUGGUCAGCGAACGCGCCAUCAAGGCCAAGCACGUCCAGUUCGUCAGCGGCGUGUACGUGGUCAACUUCUGGCUUUCUGCCCUGCUCUGGGACAUCAUCAACUUCCUCAUCCCUUGUGCUCUGAUGUUGGUGAUAUUCCAAGCCUUCAACGUGCAAGCCUUCACCCAAGACAGCCACCUCGUUGACGUGAUGCUGAUCUUCCUCCUUUAUGGCUGGGCCAUCAUCCCCCUCAUGUACCUCCUCAGCUUCUUCUUCUCGGUGGCAGCCACGGCCUACACCCGUCUGACCAUCUUCAACAUCCUCUCCGGCACCGCCACCUUCCUCGCCGUCACCAUCAUGAGCAUCCCAGAGCUGGGCUUGGUGGACCUCUCCAAAACCCUGGAUAAAGUUUUUCUCAUCUUACCCAAUUACUGCUUGGGCCAGUGCAUCAGUGACUUCUACCAGAACUAUGAGUUCAUUCAGUUCUGCACCUCCUCUGUUGAAGCCAUCUUCAUCUGCAAGGCCUUCAAUAUCAGUUAUCAGAUGAACUACUUUUCCUGGGAGACCCCUGGGAUUGGGCGGUACCUGACCUCCUUGGCCAUCCAGGGUUUCUCCUUCCUCUUCCUCCUCUUCCUCAUUGAGACAAACCUUCUCUGGAGACUGAGAACUCUGGUCUGUGGCAUCUGCAGGCGGCGGAAAUGGGUGGCCCUGCUGAACAGGGUGUCUGUGCUGCCAGAGGACAGGGACGUGGCAGAUGAGAGGAAAAAGGUUUUGGAGUCACCACCAGAACUGCUGUCGUCUCUCAGCAGCCCUCUGGUCAUCAAGGAGCUGACCAAGGUCUAUGACAGCCGGGAGUCCCUGCUGGCAGUGGACAGGAUCUCCUUGGCCGUCAGCAAAGGGGAAUGCUUUGGUCUCCUUGGCUUCAACGGAGCGGGCAAAACCACCACCUUCAAGAUGCUGACGGGUGACGAGAGCAUCACAUCGGGGGACGCCUUUGUGGAUGGCCACAGCAUUCUGGCCAACAUCAAGAAGGUGCAGCAGAGGAUCGGGUACUGCCCGCAGUUUGACGCGCUGCUGGAGCACAUGACGGGCCGCGAGACGCUGAGCAUGUACGCGCGGCUGCGCGGCAUCCCCGAGCGCUACAUCGGCAGCUGCGUGGAGAACAUGCUGCGGGGGCUGCUCCUGGAGCCGCACGCCGACAAGCUCGUCAGGACCUACAGCGGUGGGAACAAGCGGAAGCUGAGUGCUGGCAUUGCCCUCAUUGGUGGCCCCCCUGUGAUCUUCCUGGACGAGCCCUCCACUGGCAUGGACCCCGUGGCCCGGCGCUUGCUCUGGGACGCAGUGACACGGACACGGGAGUGUGGCAAAUCCAUCAUCUUCACCUCCCACAGCAUGGAGGAGUGCGAGGCACUGUGCACACGACUGGCCAUCAUGGUGAAUGGGCAGUUCAAGUGCCUGGGCAGCCCCCAGCACCUCAAAAGCAAGUUUGGUAGUGGAUACACCUUGCUGGCCAAAACCCGGAGCGAGGAGGAGGGUGAGCUGCAGGCCUUCAAGGCCUUCGUGGAGAAGACUUUCCCAGGCAGUGUCCUGAAGCAUGAGCACCAGGGCAUGGUGCAUUACCACUUGACCAACAAGAACCUCAGCUGGGCACAGGUCUUUGGGGCCCUGGAGAAAGCCAAAGAGAAAUAUCGCUUGGAGGACUACUCGGUGAGCCAGAUCUCCCUGGAGCAGGUCUUCAUGAGCUUCACUCGCUUCCAGCACUACACAGAGGACAGAGGGAAAUGAGCCCCUGGUGCCCCGGCACGGACUGGCCCUCAGCCUAUACAUAGUAUAUAUAGAGACAGUAAUUUAUAUAUCGGCGUGUCUUAAAUACUGUAUCAAUGUAAACCUUCCCAGCGAGGGUGAGGGGAUGGCAGCUCCUGGCUGCCAGCGCUCCGGGGUGCGUGGGUGUGCGUGUGUGUGCGCAUGUGACACUGCCACUCUCCAGCCUUCUUCAUCCAUACAGCAAAAAACUCCACCCAAAAACCCGGGAGAGCCUGGAUGGGUGGAGAGGGGCGUUGGAUUUGGGAUGGCAGAGGAGGAUCCCCUGUGCUCCCUCCUCCCUGCCCUCACUCACACCCAGCGGGACGCGCCCCGCGCUCCUCACCCGCAUGUCCCUGUGUUGUUUGGUGGUUGCUCGUGGUUUAGCAGGAGCCUGUCACAUAGCUCAGAUCCAAACCGUCCUUGGGGCAGCAGGAUGUGCUGGGAUUGCCCCUGGGAGCACUUUGUGUGCAGCGAGGGGGACAGCUCAGCUCCUCUCUGGCACCUGCCUGGCAUGGAAAGAGGAGGCUCUGUCUCCUUUAAGCGCCAGGGAAAGCUUGCCAAGCGUGGCUCGAGGAGCUGGCUCUGGCCCCAGCUGUGCAGGGGGAGCUGUGGUGCCAGGAGCUGGCUCUGGGUGAGAGGUAGCCAUGGAGCAGUGCCCAGAGCUCAGCCUCAGAACAACACGUGAUGGGCAGGGCUGGGAGCCAGAGCUGGGGGCAGUGAGGGGUGCCCAGGGACACUGCAGGGACGGGUGAGAGGUCCCUGGGGACGCUGUGGGUUGAGGGAGAGGUGCUGCAGGGUCUUGGCUGUGCUCUGUGGGAUGGGUAUGAAGUGUCACAGGGUGCCCAGGGAUGCUGGUGGCCUCAGUGCUGUGCCCAUGCAGGGGCUCUGCCAGCAGCACUGCCCCACACUGUGCAGGGCAGCCACAGGAGCAGCGUGAAGCCAGCGAUGCCCUCGCUGUGCCCAUGUCCUGCUGAGCUCACCCCUUUACACCCCACACAGCUCCAACCUGACCACAUCUGUCCUGCAUCUGCCUCCUCAUCCCCUCUGCCCCUGACCAGGCUGUGCCAGCAGCAGGCAGGAGUAAAGGCCCUGUCCUGCCCCUGCCUGGCUCCAGGAUGCUGCUGGGCACCAGCAUUGCCCAGCCUUGCCUGGGCCCAGUUGGAGGAGGCAGCUCCUUUUUGGAGUUUCCCAGUGACUGGGUUGGGGUUUUUUUUGUUUGUUUGUUGGAAAUCUGUGUUGAUUCUUGUCUGUCCUUAACUAGUCCCUGUGUCACCUGGGGCAGCCCCUUGGGAGCUGCCCCAUGAUCAAUGCAGAGCUAUUUGCACUAUAGUACUACACACAAUUGCACAUAAUUAAUAUUUAUGGCAAGGGGGGCUGAUUCCCUCCCAGUGAUUGCAUUGUCAGGGGUUGGGUUAUAUUUUUGGGUUGGGUUUUCAUUUUUUUCCUUGUGACUGACUCAUUUAUUCCUGUUCCAUUCCUUUCCUUUGCCUAAUGUUGUUGUUCAGAACAAUGGUGCAUCAUGUUACUAAGAAUUUCCCUGGAUCUUAAAGCUGUGUGCUUUUAUUAGUCAGCAGCCAGCAGGUGCAUGGCCUGCUCUGACACCUUGGAGUCCUGUGGAGUUGCUGGCAGGGAGGGAUUGCACCCUGGGAGCAUCCUGGUGGGCAGCAGAGCCAGCCACUGCCAGGGCACCAUGCAGGGGGAAUCCCAGCAGCAGGGACUGUCCCAGGGAGGGAAGGGAAAGGGGGGGGAUGCUUUUAGCUGGGAGGGUGGGCUGGCAGUGCCCUGAGCACAGCAGUAACUGUUCAUGUUGGCUCUGGUGCCCCUGCAAGGCUUGGUGCUGGGUGGGGACACGGAGGCAGCUUCAGCCCCUCCCUGCCCCCGAUGCCAUGGCAGAGCUGGGGCAGAGUCCACGCAGGGCUGGCAUCCCCUGGGCCCAGCCCUCCAUCGCUCUGGGGCCACCCUGGCCUGAAUGAAGGAGGUGUUAUGGCAGCAGCAUUCCCUGUCCCAGGGCUGGAGCACCCUGCCUGGCAGCGAGGCAGGCACUGUGGGCUGUGCGUGGUGCUGCUCCUGAUUUCAGUCACAGCCACAGUGCCAGGUGUGCCAGCCUGGGGCUGGGAGCAGGACCAGGAGUGCUCCAUGGGCAGGUGCCAGGGGCACAGCUGCUGCUGGCACUGCUCUGGCCUCCCAGGUGGGAGAAGCAACACAGCUCCUGGCCAGCUUCUACUCCCCCCUGGCUGCAGUGUGGUUGUUCCCCUCAUAGGAAUAAUAAAGAUGAUUUUGUUUUCCA